AUGAUGCCCAUUCACCAGUCCAUUGAGGGCCAGCCUCCUCACAUGGGCCCUGGACUCAGCCCUCCUGCCGCCACUGCCGGCGAGAAUGGCGAGCGCCAGCAGAAACCCAAGACCCUGCCCUGCAAGUACUGCAGCAAGCGUUUUAGUGAUCUCCUUGUCCGCCACGAAAAGCUUGUCCACCUCAAUGAAGGAAAUAGCGGUCCAAAAGAAUACCGGCCGAGGAAAUCUUCAGGUGCCGGUGGGCAUCAGGCCUCCUCGUCCGAAAGUCAUGCCGAAACCGAAGUGCUGAACAUUCAGCGCACACCAGUGCAAGCACAUCAGCAACCGCAGCACCAACAGCAUCAGCAGCAUCAGCCGCAUCACAACCACCAACAGCUUCAACCUCAGCAUUAUCACCAGGAUACAAUCGUUGCCGCCGCACCGUCUUCUCUCCCUCAAGAUGCCCGCAUGCAGCAGGCUCGGGCAGCCGCCUGCAAUCUCGACAUGCUCUCGGACGCUGCUCUGGCUAGCGAACGCGGCUUGUCAAAACCGGCAUCUCAGUUCCCGUCUCGCUUUCCAUCAGUUCAGCCGGACGGAAUUUCAGGCAUGGACGGGCAGGCACGAGGUGGCGAUGAGCCGAUGCGAGCACCUUCUCUGCGAAUAUCCGCAGUGGACCACAACGUAAUCAAGAACCGGUUGGAUGAGUUCUCCUCUGUGCUUCCCGCAGAUUUCAUCUUCCCAUCACGCCACACCCUGACUAGAUUUCUCGAAGGCUACAUCAGUGGAUUCCACGAGUAUUUGCCCUUCCUACACUUGCCUUCCUUGGCCCCGGCUGAAAUCGCGCCCGAGCUGCUGCUGGCGAUACUAGCUGUCGGCGCGCAGUAUCGAUUUGAGAGCCAUCGAGGCCACGCAUUAUGGUAUGCCGCAAAGGCUGUUGCGCUCGAACAAAUCCGAAGGCGACACAGCCACGAGGUUCAUGCCCUCCUGCCUACGCCAGCUGCGUACAGCCCCCAUUCGACCAGACCAUCACCAAGCACUGGCUUCCGACACACCUUUGCCUCGGCACAACAGGAAAGGCCCAUGACGCAAGACACUCACCGUGAGCCUUUUUCACCCAACACCCCGCAAGCACGGCUUGAAACAAUCCAGGCUGUUCUGCUGCUCUUUGCCGUGGGCCUGUGGGGUGCGAGCGCAAUCUUGCACGAGGCACUCUCUUUGCAGAGCCAUCUCGCAAUCUUAGUACGCGAGGAGGGCCUGACGGCGGAGUCGAGUCCAGGCGCAGCUCCUGACUGGGAGACCUGGGUCCGAUUAGAGGGCGCUUCGCGCACAAAACUGAUCGCCUACUGCUUCUUCAACCUGUGCAGCAUAGCGUACAAUAUGCCGCCACUGCUGUUGACUUCGGAUCUCAGUCUUUUCUUGCCCUACCCAUCCCGUCUUUGGAGGGCCGAAUCAACAUGGCAGUGGCAGGAAGCCCGGCAGUCAUGCCCGUCUGUGGAUAUCACUGUGCAUGAUGCGUUUGCAAGGUUGUUUGGAAGAUCGCCCCAGAGCCUUCCUGCGCACAUCACUUCAUUGGGACACUACGUUCUCAUCCACGCGCUAACGCAACAUGUGUUUUUGCUCAAACAAACUUCAUUCGCCCUCAGCUCGCCCUUUGAGCCGCAGAGAGGUCUCAAGCCAGACGAUGUCGAAGAGGUACUUCAAGCCUUGCGAGUAUGGCAGACCAGCUUCGAACAUCGACAUCAGUUGCGAGCAGCAGAAUCAGCACACAUGGGACCGAAUGACACCUUCCCUGGCGGUCCAGUGGCAUUCAACGCGACAGCUCUUCUGCGACUGGCGUAUAUACGGCUCUAUACCGACAUUACCCCGAGCAGGAGUCUUGAGACACGCGACCACAUGCUGAUUGCAUCGUCACUCAGCAACACGCCUCUUCUAGUGCGAAGCCUUCGUCUCCAGAAGGCAGUGUUUCAGGCAAUCCACGCACUUUCCAUGCUCGUCAAGGCUGGCGUCAAUUAUGUCGCGAGAACAAAAUCGCUGGAAUGGAGCAUUCAGCAUUCCUGUAAGCCAACACUUUAUGCCGAAAGCAUCAUGUCGCUAACUAGUUUGGUAGUGGGAAACUUUGAGUGCGCCGUCCUGCUCUCGAAAUGGCUUUUAACACUCUCCUCGAUUGGGCCAAACGACCAGCCAGUGUCCACGGAUGAAAAGAACUUUCUUGAAAUGAUCCGGCGCAUGCUCGACGAAACCGAGUUCGCCGUGCCGAUUGAUCCUUCAUUGGGCGGGCCUGCGGCCAACCCGCCAUCGAACAUGGAGGCUUUGGCUGGGGACAGCACAAGACUGAGGCAGCUUGCUGCGGCAGUCAUCCGCCUCUGGGCUGAGACGUUUAAGGGCACGCACAUUUUUGAUCUGGUGCGGGUGAUGGGGUCUAGUCUGGAUGGCUACGCAAGCCUGGUUGAAAAGCCACACGAUCGGGCACCUAUGGGACGGAUUGCCGCUGAAGCUGGGCUCGGCUGA